AGUUAAGGAGUAAAGUUCGAGUAACAAUCUUUGCAACAUAUUUUCUGUGGUAGAAGAAAUUUAGAAAGCUUAAUGAGUAAUGUAACUUGAAAACUUUUAGCGGUACUGUUUUUAAUAUAAAAAAAAAUUACAAAUUGAACUCAGACGUCUGGCCAGUAAGCUUGAUUUUAAUUCUGAUGGCGUCAACAAAGUCUAAAAUAAAUAUUCUAGAUAAGCCUUUAAGCAAAGGAAAGAGUGAAAUUAAUAUCAGCACAUUUGGCCUACUUUUCUGUGAGAUUGUUCAGUAUUGUCAGAAUCGAGUAUACACUGUUCCAGAAUUGCAAGGAAAGUUGUCAGAUCUAGGUUACCAUGUUGGUCAACGGAUGGUAGACCUUUUGUUUGUGAGAGAGAGAAAUUUCAAGAGAGAAACCAAACUUCUCAAUAUGUUGGUGUUUAUUAAGUCAGUCAUGUGGAGGGCCGUAUUUGGAAAAGAAGCUGAUAAAUUAGAACAUGCCAAUGAUGAUGAAAAGACCUACUAUCUUAUUGAGAAUGAAACUAUUGUGAACAAAUUCAUCUCAGUACCCAAAGAUAAAGGAACCUUGAAUUGUGCAGCUUUCAUAGCAGGUAUGAUUGAGGCAGUGUUGGUGGGCUGUAAUUUUCCGGCAAAAGUGACGGCCCAUUGGCAUAAAGGAACCACAUUCAUGAUCAAGUUUGAAGAAUCGGUGAUUGCCCGAGAAAAAACAGCUGAAGGGAGAUGAGAUCCUGAAGGAGUAAAUUAUUAUAUGAAUGUUUUAGUCAAGCAAUGUUAUGGUAGAGUACGAUUUUAUCGUGAAUUAUAUUGUUUUGUGAUACGAGUAAUAUGACAACUGUUCACACAUACGAAUAUGAUUUUUCUUGCAUUGUUUCCAUUCCAAUAGUAUAUAAUACAAAGUAUAAUAACCCGUGUCUUUAAAUAAAAACUGAGAUAUAAAAUGGCA